AUGUGGCUUCAUCACCUGCCUUUUAUGGACUUCGUGGGUGAGUGUUGGGCUACUCCCUUUGUGGGGAUGCCCUUGACGGUCUUGUUCCUUAAACUGAAGCAUCUUCGCGGUCACCUCAAGACUUGGACUAGGGAUUAUUUUGGCGACAUUCACCAGAAUGUUAGGAACGCUGAAGAUGGGGUAACUAGGGCGGAAUUUGAGUAUGAGACUAACCCUACUGAGCAGGCGCUUAGUGCUCUUAGAAGCGCAUGGGGCCAUCUAAACCGUGUUUUGUUGCAGGAAGAAAUAUUUUGGAAGGAGAAAUCUAGGGUAAAGUGGCUAAAAGAGGGGGAGAGGAACACCAGGUUUUUCCACUCUAUAGUCAACGUGAAGCGAAAACGGAGUGGUAUCUGCAAAAUAAAAAAUGCCCAGGGGGAGUGGAUACUGGACAAAGAAGGGGUGAAUGAGGAGGCGAUCAAGUAUUUUUCAGAUAUUUUUUCUCCAGGUUCAACAACUUCGCAUGAGGACCUGCUGAAUUCCAUUCCUACAAUUAUCUCUGUUGAGGAAAAUAAUCUGUUGGCGGUAACGCCAGGAUUUGAUGAGGUUAAGGAAGCGAUUUUUGCUCUUUCUAAAGACAGUGCACUUGGUCCAGAUGGCUUCACUGGCCACUUUUUCACUGCCUGUUGGGAGUUAGUUGGUGCAGACGUUUGGGAGGCAGUCAAGGAUUUCUUUGAGGGCAGUUAUGUUCCCAGGAGCUUCACCUCGUAA